AUAAAUACGAUAUUAUGUGUACUUUGUCGUUGUUAUCAAAUGUUUAUUUUCUACCUCGUUCUUAGUGUAUAGUCCUCCAACUUAUUUAUAAAAGUAGGACUAACCGAUCACACAUAAUAAUGAAGAUACUAGGGAUUGAAUUCGCACCAUUAGAUGUACCCUUGGAAAGACGACUUCAAACUUUUGCGGUUUUUCAGUGGACGUUUUCGUUCUUAUUUCUAGGAUUCGGAUGUUUAUUUUUGUUUCUAUACGUAUUGAUAGCGACCAAUUACUAUUACAUACCAUUACUUUAUGCCCUUUACUACUAUUUUGACUCGGGGAGAAGCGAGCGAGGCGGUAGGCGAGUUAACUGGGUAAGAAGGUGGAAAAUUUGGACACAUUUUGCUAACUAUUUUCCCUUAAAAAUUGUCAAAACAACUGAUUUAGAUCCCGAUAAAAACUACAUUAUGGGUUUCCAUCCGCAUGGUGUACUCAGUGUGAGCGCUUUUGGGAAUUUUGCAACAGAAGGAACCGGGUGGAGCAAGAAGUUCCCUGGGUUGACGCCGUAUCUAAUGGUUUUAGCGGGACACUUUCAGUUUCCAAUAUAUCGAGAUUAUUUCAUGGCAGGAGGCGCAGUAGCUGUUACUGCAAACAGUAUGACACACAUAUUAACAAAACAUAAAUCUGGUCAAGCUCUAGGACUGGUUGUAGGUGGCGCUUUAGAAGCUCUAGAAGCCAAUCCAGGACAGUAUAACCUCAAACUCAAAAAUAGGAAAGGUUUUAUCAAAAUAGCAUUAAAAACAGGGACAUCUUUAGUUCCUGUAUAUUCAUUUGGAGAAACAGAUUUAUACCUACAAGCAAGUAACAAAGAGGGUUCAUUUUUGAGAGGCAUACAAAAUUUCAUGACAUCAAAAUUUGGAUUUUCUCCUCCAUUAUUUCAUGGUCGAGGGAUAUUUAACUAUACAUUUGGCCUUCUACCGUUCAGGAAACCAGUUCAUACAGUUUUUGGUAAACCAAUAGAUGUUCCAAAGACAGAGAGUCCUUCUCAAGAACAAUUGGACCAGUUACAUAAACAAUAUAUUGAUGCAUUAACACAGUUAUUUGAAGAACAUAAAGAGAAAUAUGAUGUACCAGCUGAUCACCACUUAAACAUCAUAGAUUGAUUAACAUAACAUUAUCAUUUCAUUCCAUGACGAUGAUGUUUAGAGUUAUUGCUAUGCUUAGUGGCACAUUGCAUUUAUAAUACGUACUUUUAUCUGCUUUUAAAAUGCUUGCGAUUUUUUGCAAGAUUCAUAUUGAUAUAUGGACAAUGGCUAGUUAAAGUGAAAGCUUGAAUAUUAAUAAAUUUUUGAAUUUA